CAUGGCGGCAGGAGAGGAGAUUUCGAGCAAAUUUGCCUUCAAACUUGGCAAAAGCUCGGCUCCAAAGAAACUUCAAACGAGUGCAAUUGCAGAAGAGGUGAAAUCAGUAGACAAAGAUACCAAUUUCGUCGCCACAUUUGAUGGGAAAGAAAUAAAAAGCUCGGAUGAUAAUCAGGAUGCGAAGAAGACACUUGUUAUACCUAUGAUAGAGGCCAAUAGAUGGCGAGACAGAGAAGAUAGAUUUGCCAAGAAGCGUAAAUCGGAACCCACAAAAGCUGAGGGAGAAGUAGAUGGAAAAGAUAUCAAGAUCGGAGAGAAGAAAGAGGAUAUUGACAGCUUGGCAAUCAAAGAGCUUGUUACAGAUGCGAGCCGAAGGAAUGAUGAUUGGGAAGAAAGAGGUGAUCCUGGGUAUUCCGACAUUGCUAUCCCCUUGCUCAUGCAGAAUAAGGUACCAGAGGGAUUUGAAACAGAUGAAAAGUUAGAUGUCUCCCUGCGACCUGAAGCGGCUACUGGUACUGACUAUGAUGCAGUUCCAGUUGAAGCCUUUGGCUUUGCGAUGUUGAGAGGAAUGGGUUGGAAGGAUGGAGAAGGAAUUGGCAAAGAUAAAAAGAUAAUUGACCAAGUCGAGCCUGGGCUGCGACCAAAGGGUCUUGGUCUCGGAGCAGACCGCAGUAAUGCCAAGAAGGAUGACAAGUCUAAGAAGACGGAGGAAGAGCAGGAGUUGGAAAUGAAGAAAGGGACUUAUUGCCAGGUGCAGACAGGCCAUCACAAGGACAUGUAUGGACAGAUAAUUGCCACUGAUACAGAAAAUUCCCGCGUGAUGGUCAAAUUGGCAAUAGGAGGUGAAACGGUCAACUUGUUACAGUUUUUAGUGCGCUUAGUGACAAAGAAAGAAUAUGACAAAAGUUCGAAAAUAAUCAACAAGGCUAAAGUUGAUAAAUAUAAGGAACGCGAGGAGAGAGAAAGGACUCAUCAAUCUAACGGAGAUAGAGAGCAUUCUCGGAAUCGGUCACGUGAUCGAGAUGAUAAACAAUCAGAUAGACAUAGGAAUAGGGAUUCUGACAAAAGAGAUCGGGACAGUAGAAGAGAUAGAGACUCUGAUAGGGGUAGAGAUAAGGAUAGGGAUAGGAAUAGUGGAAAGACCAGAGAUAGAGAUGAGGAGAGAGUUCGGGAGCAUGAAAAGGAAAGGAAUACAGAGAGAGAUUCCGAGAGGAGUGACCGGAAACGGAAGCAUGAUGACAGUGGCAAAUCACGAGAUAAAUCAUCGGCAGCAUCAUUGUCAAGUUCAGCUCGCCUGUGGAUACGGCCACAAUGUCGAGUCAGAAUUGUGGACAAGAAAUAUCACAAAGGCAAAUACUACAAGGAAAAGGUUGUGGUUUAUGACGUCAUGGGUGACAAGACUUGCCUUUGUAAAACAGAUGACGGAAAAUUACUAGAAGGACUUUCACAAUCCAUGUUGGAGACUGUUAUUCCCAAGUCUAUUCCUUCAUUUAUCGUCAUAGUUACCGGGAAAUAUUACGGACAGCUCGCAGAGAUUAUAAACAAGGACAAAUUAGACUGUGUGGCUACUGUGCAGUUGUUGAGCGAUAGGGACCAGGCGUUGAAAUUAGACUUUGAUUCAAUAUGCGAGUAUGUGGGAGACAUGGAUGCAGAAAUGGACUAUUGAAUAGGUUGCUUACAAUAAGAGUGAAAGGGGAAGCACCAUGAUAUAAAGUUGUAAAAAAACCACAGAAAAUGAAAAGAUGUUUACUUCAUAUAGAUGCUGAAAUAUUUAUUCACAAAAAAUGAAUUAAUGUUGAAUUUUGUACAUGCAUUUCUACUGAAACUAGUGAAAGUUCUCGACAAUAAAAAUGUGUUGAACACG